CCCCUAUGUUCGCUUCCGGUUGCGGUGAACACGAGCUUUGCUUCUCUCUCUCUCUGUUUAUCAAUUCCCCAACGACGCCGUCUUUUGAUCUUGUUUUCAGCUCCCUGUAAUGGAGAAGGGGGUCCGAAGAUGGCUCGUUGACAUAUCUAAGUGGAAUCCUUCUCGGGAUGAGUUCUCCUUCCUCGUUUCUCUCUUUCCUCCUGACGAGCACUCCUCCAUCACCAGGUUUGUAAAAUUUGAGGAUAGAAAAAGGGCAAUUGUCAGCCGGUUGCUUCAAUAUGCACUCGUAAAUGAAGUGUUGGGAAUCCCAUUUAAUGAGAUAAUUAUAAGGCGCACUAUUGAAGGCAAACCAUAUCUGGAAUCUAAAGAAAACUUGGAAUUCCCCAAUUUCAAUUUCAAUGUAUCCCACCAUGGGGACUACGUGGGAAUAGCAUCUGAGCCACUCUGCCUUGUGGGUUUGGAUAUCGUUUCUCAUUUCAUUCCUAGGCAUGAAACAUCUCUCGAGUACCUUGCGAACUUUUCACCUUACCUUUCAAGGUUAGAGUGGGAUAGUAUCGUCAGCGCUGGUACAAGUGAUCAAAUCUUGGCUGAGUUUUACAGAUAUUGGUGUUUGAAGGAGGCAUUUGUCAAGGCCAUAGGAGCUGGGGUCGGUUAUAGGUUGGACCAGCUGGAGUUUCAUCACACUGAUUGGAGCGGUAUAUCGGUACAUAUUGAUGGGGAGGAAUCAACAGAAUGGAAAUUUUUCCUUUUCGAGUUAGGAGGCAAACGGCAUUGGGUUUCUGUAGCAAAGGGUCACCCAAGAAUGGCAAUUACGAGUUACAAGCGAACUUUGAAGUGUACAGAGUUUGAAUUGGAUGAGCAUUAUUUACGUCUUCAGCUUCCUAUUACAAGGGUAAAAGAGUUUAGCACUUGUGGAGGUAGGAGAAUCAACAUCAGGGGUAGCCGAGUGGCUAUUCUAACUUCAUCUCAGUCUGAAAGGAUGUCAAAGGAGCCGAUGGUUGUUGCUUCCUCUUUUGUUCAGGAACUACAAGAGGUGGCAGCAACGAUAGAUGCUUUGGCGAUUGCUACAAAGAAUAAGAGGGAGAUGCGCAGAUUCAUUCUAAGAGUGCUCAAACCAGUGGUCGGACUUUAAAGCCUAGUAGAGGUAGAACUUUAAAGAUCCAAUGAAGCUAUUCUUUUGACAUCUGAGAUGUUAAGAAGGUGGCAGCCUCAUUAGAGACCUAGAUUCAGAUUUGUUUUUAGGUUUUUGUAUGUUUCUUUUUCCUUGCUAGUGAGCUCCCUCUUCUAAUGGUAUUACCGUAGGUGGAGAU